AUGGUGAAGCCUGCUGCAAACCCCUUGCCCUUCCCCAACGAGCUGCCAGAACAGAAGCUCUUCUCUGCCAUCUCGAGCCCGAAGGCCUGCCGACUGGUACCUGCAAGGCUGGUGUGGGAUGACGUGCAAGCCGUGCUCGUGCUGGGUUCACGGACCCUGAACGACCCCCAAGGGCCGGGGCAGGAGGAGCUCGGUUUGGAUGGCCUCCUUCCUUCCGGGUGGGAACGUAAAGCCCUCUGUCUUUCCUUCAAGGCUCUGCAAAGGCCCAACCCAGCUGGCUCCGUGAAAGCCCUUGGAUCUCCACACACCUGCCUGCUCUUCCUGCUUGGACACCCUCGGCACCUGCUCAUGGCUGGUCCCUCCAGGAGUUACACGCUGGCCUGGAGCGGGGUGACCGUGGGCGAGCCCGCCUCUGGGUCCAGCCCUGACCUGGGCACAGCAGGGAGCAUGUGA